AUGAUACAUGCUGUCACCACAACCAACAUCAUCACCGCCUACGAUGCUGCCUCCGCCUACUUCACCUCCCUAUCGCGUCAACAUCUCACUUCACUCGCACCCCAACCAACCAUGAAGCUCCGCAGCAAAAACUGGAGCUUUGUCACGCUUCUUACGAUCACGGCUCUACUACCGCUAGCUACAGCCUACGAGCUCGCUAUCGAUGAUAUAGGGUCGGUUAACUAUGUUGCACAGCGAGUCGCAUACAAGAUGAUGCAAUACUAUCCAGGCAACCGCACUGGCGGCAUCCCGGGCCUUUUCGGGGACCCUUACUACUGGUGGGAGUCGGGUGCAGUUUUUGGCGGGCUGGUCGACUACUGGUAUUACACUGGCGACGCUGGGUACAAUCCCGUUGUCACAGAAGCUCUGUUGCACCAGAUCGGCCCUGAUUGGGAUUACAUGCCCCCGAAUCAGUCGAAAUCACUUGGAAACGAUGAUCAAUGUUUCUGGGGCCUGACCGUAAUCUCGGCCGCCGAGAAGAACUUUCCAGACCCUCCAAAGGAUAAAGCACAAUGGCUCGCGCUUGCACAAGCGGUAUUCAAUACUCAAGCUCCACGCUGGGAUGCGAACACGUGUGGUGGUGGCCUUAGGUGGCAGAUCUACACCUUCAAUAACGGGUAUUCGUACAAGAACACCAUCUCAAACGGAUGUUUCUUCCAACUCGCGGCGAGACUCGCGCGGUAUACUGGUAACCAGACAUAUGCAGACUGGGCUGAGAAAGCGUAUGACUGGACGCUUGAAUCAGGCCUUUCGACCGCCGAUUAUCGCUUCUUCGAUGGCUCUGACACGCAGAGCAACUGCACGUCUAUAAAUUACGUGCAAUGGUCCUAUAACGCAGGGACAUAUCUAGCAGGAGCGGCGUAUAUGUAUAACUAUACUGACGGCGACCCCCUCUGGCGCGCUCGGGUCGACGGCAUCCUAGACAUGUCCAACCGCAUCUUCUUCACGCACCCCGAUACAGGUCUCGCCGACAUCAUGGUCGAGCAAGCCUGCGAGCGCAUCAUGACCUGCAACAUUGACCAACGCUCCUUCAAGGCCUACUUCGCCCGCUUCUUAGCUCUCACAGUCAAAAUGGCGCCCUACACUGCGCCCCUCAUCAUCCCCAAGCUUCGCACCUCCGCCAUGGCUGCUGCGCGCCACUGCUCAUGGGGUACCGAUGCCAACUCUUGCGGCAUGAAAUGGUACGAGAAUGACUGGGACGGGAUGUAUGGGGUCGGAGAACAACUUUCCGCUCUAGAGGUGAUCCAGAAUACUCUAAUUCAUGAUGUGGGAAUUCCAGUCACCGAGAAUGAUGGGGGCACGAGUAAAGGGGAUCCAUCGGCGGGGAGUCAGGGCGGCCCCAAUAGAGGGAGAGAGCAGCAGGCAGGUCAGAAGUUACUAGAGAAUAUAGGGCGCAAGGACAAGAUCCUGGCAUGGGCGUCGACAGGAAUUAUGAUCCUGGUGACUGCUGUCUUUGGCUAUUGGGUUUACUGA